ACGUCCUUGAAGAAGAAAGACAGAGAACCGACCGACCAAGCAAACCACCAAACCAACAACCAGCAGUAGCCAUGAGCUCUCGACAGCGCAACAUGACCCGCAACUGGCGGGAUCAACCCUCAUCGCCGGCAACUGCCCGUAUUCUGAAGCCCUCUGCAAACGAGCACCAAAGCAUGCUGCAAGUGCUUCUGCGCCGAAACUUUGGCAACUGGAGACCAACAACCCCCAUGGCUCCAGAGGAGCUGGCCAGCUUCUUCGAGCGAUUCCCCGAUCUGCGGUGCUGCCCCAGCAUCCACGAUGAGCAGGAGCCUGCAAGCACCACCGAGGCGCAGCCCAGCGCCGAACAGGCUCAAGGAUCUGCCACCACCGCUAUCCCUGCUACAUCUGUGAACCAGGGGCGCGAGACAGCACCAGAGCACCGCGAAGCGAAGCAGCAGCCACGUAGUCAGCCGCACCACCGCCAGCAGCAGCAGCAGCAGCAGCAGCAACAACAACAACAACAGCAGCAGCAACAACAACAACAACAGCAAAACUUCGGAACCCAGCCGCAGGCCCAACAACAGCCACAGCAACAGCAGCCGCAGCGCCGGCGCAUUGAGAAGCUUGGGUUUGAGAUCCAGUUCCCCGACAGCGUGCAGCGAGAUGGGGGUCAUGGGCCCCGCGCGCGCCAGCAGCAUCAAGUGCAGCUUCUUCCCCGCCCCUAUGACCAAGCCACCGAUCAACAGCAGCACCAGCAACAAGAGCAGCCAGGAUCUUCGCGUCGUCAGGGGGACGAGAAGGCGGUGCAGGCUGCGCGCACUGCGUUCCACCAGGCCCGCCACGCCCCGGAGGCCCGCGGCAUGGGCCGCUAUGCCGGGCGAGACACCCACGAGCAGGUACAGGCCAAGCUGCAGCAGAAGCAGCAGAAGCAGCAGGCCAAACGGCAGCCCACCGUGAAGCUGCCGCAAAAUACAACGCAGACGGAGAUGAGCAUUGACCCGCUGGGCGCACUGGCGACAGCUACCAAGUGCCAGUUUGUGCUCGACGGCAAGCUGUUCUCCACGCGCAUGCGGCACCCGACACCACAAGAGGAGGCCGAGGACGACCCUGAGGAGUAUGGGGACGCAGCAGCAGUGAAAGAGGCCGUGGCGCAGCGGCGGCAGGCGAACAAGGCGCUGCAUGGGCUGCCCGUGUCCAUUUCGGCGGUGCAGCGCAGGAUGGGGAUGCCCACGUCCCGCGCAUACGAGGACACGGAGCAGGGCCGCGCAGCCGCUGCACAGCGUAGGAAGGAGAAGUGCCAGCAACAGCAGCACCAGCACCAGCAGCAGAGAGGCAGUUCGAUGGCCACGGCCGGUGUGGCGUACAGCCAGCGUGCUGCAGCAACAUCGUCGACGGCACCCGCGGCAACAACUGCACCUGCCAAGGCAAAAGGGAAGGCAAAGGCAAGUGCGCCAACAACAGCCUCUGCGGCCACGACAACCACAAAGGGCCAAGCCUCGACAACAGCAGCAGCGACGAGUGCAGCACCUGCUGGAGCGGUUCGCGCACCCACCUCUGCACCAACGCUGACCUCACGACCAGCACCGGCCACGGCUGCUUCGGUUCCGGCCACUACGCGCGAUGACAAGGUGCGGGCUGCAGCGGCGCAGAAGCACGGCGGUGCUGAAGGCAGUGACGCAGCUGAUGCAGCUGCAGCCAAGACAAGUCAAGGCCCCACAAAUGCAUUCCACGCCCUCACCAUGGCUGAUGAUGAUGCCCGUGUGCCUGCUCGCUCCCCGACCAAGGCCGCCAAGCAGCCCAACGUUGUCCCAGACCAUGUCGCGGUUGCAGCAGAACCGCGCGUGCACACGGACACGUACGCGUUUGAGUACGACGCUGAGGCCUCUGGGGGCGAUGACGGCUUUGUCACCGCCAAGCCACGCAACAAGCAGUUGCGGGAGCGGAAACGCCAGAAGGAAGCAGAGGAACAACGCAUGCUGGAAGAGGCUGAGCGGGAAGCUGAGCGGGUUCGGCAGGAGCAGGCUGAGCUUGCGGCGCAGCAGCGGCGAGAGGAGGCCGAGCAGCGCAAGGCGGUGAUGCGGCGGUGGAAGAAGGAGAAGAAGGAGCUCGAGGCGCAGCGCCACAAGGAGGAGCAGGAGGAGCUUCAAUCCCGCAAACAAAAUGCGCUUGACAGGGUUAUUGGGCAGUACAAGCAGCAGCAGAAGGAAGAGGCGGCGGCCAAGGAGAAGCAAGCCGCCGCUGCCCAAGCUGCCCAAGCCGCCAAGCAAGCCGCCACGCAAGCUGCGGCCCACGCUUCUGGAGAGCAGCAGAAGGAAAAGUUACAGGAUGAGGACCACCACCACCACCACCACCACCACCAGCAGCAGCGCAACCGCGAAGGCAAGGCUGGAGCAACGAAGCCGCACGAGGGGGAGAGCAAGCAAGCCACUCCCGCCGCCACCAGUGAAGUGGCGGACAAGAACAGCGCCACAUCAGCAGCAACAACAAAGGCAACGGCGUCAGUGACGGCAGUUGAACCGGGGCUGCCAACCACCUCCGUUACAACAACGGAUGUGGUGGAUGCGUCAUCCGCUGCUGUUGAUUCGCCCAAGACGCCGCCGUCACAGCCGCAGGUGCCCAUGGCCGUGAGCCCUGCCAGCGCGGCGUCGAUGGUCAAGCAGCUUGCGGCGCCACAUCCUGCCUCCGAGGCAGAGCGCAGCGAGCAUCUCUCCCCGCAUGGCGUGUCAUCCUCGUCAUCAGCUGCUGCCGCCACCGCUGCAGCACCAGCAACGGCAACAGCAACAACAACGAGAACAACAACACCAGGCGGAGCAACAACGACCACCAGCAUGCUUCACACGCGUGAUGGUGAGCCUCAGCUCAACUACAACGCCCCCGAAUUUACGCCAAGCUCGUCGUCGGCACCCACCCCGCCAGCUGUCACCGCCGCCGCUGCCACCACCCCAAGCCCGCCACAACAGCAACAGCAGAUGCCGCAGGGUCAAGGUGCCAUGGCUGUUGGGCAUGUACCUGUGCCUGUGCCGCAAGCGAAGCAGCAGGGAACAGAGGAACGCGCUCAGGCGCAGACGCACGGCACGGCCACAGAGCAACAGCAGCGGCCUCAGCCUCAGCAGCAGCAGCAAGUUUACGCGAUGGGUGCCGGUGUGGUCACGUCGCAGGCCGUGAGCACGCCGACUGCAUUUGACCUCACCAUGGAGCAUCAGCCCGCGGCUUCGAGCCAAGCCCCAACUGUGUCAUACCUUCAGCAGCAGCAACAACCACAGCUGCAGCUGCCGCAGCAUAUCAUGCAAGGGCAGCCACACAUGGCCCCGGGCCAGCAACUUGCGCAUCAGCAGCAGCAGCAGCAACAACAACAAUACCAGCAACAGUAUCAGCAGCCUACUAUGAUGUACACGCAAGCAAUGCCUGCCCACCAGUUUGUACAACAACAGCCUCAGCAGCAGCAGCAGCAGCCACAGCAGCAGCAGCAGUCACAGCCUGGCAUGCUGCACCAGGUUCCGAUGCGCGUAGCACACCAGCAAGGGCAGCAUGUGAUGCACUCUGGCAUGACGAUGGUUCCCCAGCAUGUGGGCCACGCUGGAGCAGUGCAGAUGCAGCCGCAGUAUUCUGCGCACAUGCAAGCGGGGGCGCCCACACACGUGUUUUACGCGCCCCAAACGACGUACCAGCCAUCAGCGCCGACAGCGCCCACCUACGCCGUGUACACGCAGCAGGCUCCACCGCCGCCUCAGCCCAUGAUGGCCCACCACGCCCAACAGAUGCAUCCAGGUGCGCAGCUGCGGCCGCACGCACAUGUGCAGGUCCACGCGAGCCAGACGCCUCCAACCACGCCAACCUCGCUGACGCCGGCCAGCAGCUUCUCCGUGCCGCAGGCGCCCAUGUACCACCACCAGCGGCCCAUGGCGCGCAUGCAUGCACCGCCGCACCAGCCGCACCAGCCGCACCAGCCGCACCAGCCGCCGCGCGGGCCCGUGCCACCAAAGGGGUUGUAUGGCAGUAGCUACGGCCGCAUGCGUGGGAUGCGCCCGCGCAUGCGCCACCCGCCGCACGCACAUCACUCCCAUGUGCGCCACCCACCUCCACCCUCGUCACAGCACCAGCAGCCACAGCAGCCACAACAGCCAAAGCCAUCCAAGGAGUGACCAGCAGCACCCAAGGAGGGACCAUCAUCCAAGGAGGGAUCUUCACAGGCACACGACCGAAAAAACCUGCACUCACACAACAACAACCACACAACAAACAACACAAACACAGAAGAUGCUUUGGUUGCCUUUGGGAAAACUGAGUUGAGUGGAACGGGCCCAUGUGUCUGUUUGACGAUUGACUAAAAAUGUCG